GAAAACAAUUACUCAUGGAUGGAAGAAAGAACAUGGCAAUGCAGCAUAUAAAAACUUAUGAAACCAAUAAUAAAUCAUUUCGUAUAAACUUAUAAACUUAUGAAUACUAAUUAUUUGAAUUUCAUGUCUCCCAAGAGGCAAUAAGAUUUGUACCGAGUCCGCAAAAGCUUCUUGUUACCAUCUCCCCUUUUGUUUCAUGGGAAUUUUAGUAAUUUUAUCCCAUAAGUAUAAGUUGGGAAACCAUAAGGAGGAAUUUUGAAAACAAUGAAGACACCAACAUGCUAUGUAAUAACUCGUUUCGGAUUUUACGGAACGAAAGGACAAUGUUGUAAUUUCAUUUUGAUUAUGGGAUAUUUGUUUAAAAUAAUGUUUUUGGAUCUUACUAGGUGUGCCCAGGAGGGGCCCACCUUUGGUUUGUGUCCCCCCGGCCCAGUUUCUCUCUCUCCCUCACCUCUCUCGUGCCUCUCACUCUUGGAACCCUCUCCCCUUCUGCAAGUUCUCCUUCUCCUCUCUAUGACUCACCCACACCUGCAACAAUGGCGACAGAAACACCACCAAAAUAUGAACCUUCGUCUCGACCCCUGUCCCAGAUUGUGGAGCUUCGGCAGUGGCGGAGUUCACUAUUUUGGGUUUUCCCCGAUGAACUCCCGGCGAGUUCUCUGUUUUCCCGACCAAGAGAUAGCUCCGGGGAAGCAUUUCCCAAUUUCCCGAUGACUAGGCCGCGAGUUGCAGAGGUUUUCCGGCCGCUUUCCGACCACGGCUUGCCCUUAUGUUGGUGCAAUUGUUUAUGGCAUUUCUGUCCACCCUUGUUUGCACGGCUUUUCGCUUACGGUGUAAGGGCGUAGGUUGGUGGCUUCAGCCGGGAGAUAUUUAUAUUGGCUUCGACCGGGAGAUGUAGUGCUUACGGGCGGAAGAUACUUAUAUUGGCUUUGGCCAGGAUAUGUAGUGCCUACGGGCAAACGAUCUGUCUAAGGGCGCGUGAUGUAGAACCUUUGGAUGAAUAAAGAAGUGUUCUAUAUACACACACACACUACUUAGCACACUAUAUAUAAUAUAUGUUUUACAAAGGUUUUAUGGCAUGCUAGGGUUUUCGGAAAACCUAUUACAUAUUAUACUAUUGAGUUUUCAUAAGCUUUGGGGGUUAGUACGUUGUUGAAUAACUGUUUUAGUAGUACUAUAUAUCAAUUUGGUCCACUCAUGUUUUGUUUUGUGCCCCCUCAGGACUUAGAAUCGAGGCAUACAAUCCUGGCAUUAAGGCACUUCCGAAUUGGCGUCUUCAAGUCCUCUCGGUGUAGCACCCACCCUUUUGUUCAUUCAAUUUUAUAUUAUUCCUGUUUUAGUGUCACAGAUUAGUUGUAUGUUCUGAACACGUUCCUCAAUUGCAUAAGCAUUGUAUUUAAAUUUAUAAGUAUUGUUUAUAUUUAUUA